UUUGAAUUUAAUGUGAAUUUCGAACACACGAUUAAAUUUUCACCUUAUCUUUUUACAGAAACUAACAUCGACGAAAUCGAAACUAGUUACCUUCACCAAAAGCCGACCUCCAUUCAAAAUCUCCUCAAGAGCACCCAGUUUUCUCGAAGGGAAUUACAAAUUAUAUACCGCGGCUUUAAAGAGGACUGUCCAACGGGGUACCUAACUGAAGAUAUCUUCAAAAUUAUCUACGGCAAGUUUUUCCCGCAAGGCGGUGAGUUAAACUUCAGUUUAUUAAAUCAACAGAUCAACAAAUUUAUCAACAUCUUUGUUCAAGAAUUAAAAAAAGCUUUCAAAAUUUCAGAUGCCAAUAUGUACGCUCACUUCGUAUUCCGAACAUUCACAAACUCGAAUCAGGGGAAGAUAACAUUCGAGCAACUGGUCCGCUGUCUUUCAUCCUUAAUUCACGGCCCUUCGGUAUCCAAGUUAAUGUGGAUAUUUCAUCUGUAUGACACAGAAGGAGAUGGCGUCAUCGACAAGACGGAAAUGUUGAAGGUUGUCCAAGCAAUUUACGACCUCCUUGGCAAGCACACUGAUCCUCCGUACGAAGAGGCUUCUGUGAAGGAACACAUGGAAUCCGUAUUUCAUCUUCGUCUUUUGCAGAAACUGGAUAUAAAUCAAGAUGGCGUCAUAAGUCCAGAGGAGUUCCUUCAGGCGUGUCAAAACGUGAGUUAA